AAAAAUGGCGGCAGAGCAUCUAGUUUGGAGAGAAUUGACAGCAGAAGAGAAACAUAUACUAGAGGUCGGUCAUGAUGAUAGCAACCGGAAUAUGAAAGAUCAAAUAUGUUUUGAAAAGCAGCGAAUGAUAAUCCCGCGAACUUAUCUCAAGUUCAUGGAUGAUAUGUACAAUUUUCCUGUUAAAAAAGACGACAUUUGGAUUGUAACCUAUCCCAAGUGUGGAACCACGUGGAUGCAGGAAACUGUGUCUAUGUUGAUCAACAAUGUUGACCAGGAAUAUGGAAAACUGCCACAGAUAUUUAGAAGCCCUUUUCUGGAUAUAGAUACACUAAUGGAUGGAAAUGAAAAAGGAGAGGGUUUACAGGUACCAGAGGACACUCCAGACUUUAUGAAGAAGAUGAUGGAGGAGUUUUCUAAAGGUGUCAUACCGUUUGCAAGAAAGAUGAGUGGAAGGCGCGUACUAAAAAGUCACAUGUCCUUUGACUUUUUACCCCCAAACCUGGAGGACAAGUGUAAAGUAGUGUAUGUAGCACGGCAACCAAAGGACUGUAUUGUAAGCUUCUAUCAUCACAGCAUAAACAUGCCACUACAUGGAUAUCAACAAAGUUUGUCUACGUUUGCCGAGGAAAUGAUGAAGGGUGUAGUUCUGUUUGGAGACUACUGGAAACAUCUAGAAAGCGGAUGGAAACUACGAAAUCACCCGAACGUAAAGUUUAUCUGGUUUGAAGAUAUGAAGAAAGAUUCCAAAAAGGUGAUUGAAGAGCUCUCAGUGUUCCUGGAGCAUCCCUUGUCCGAGGAGAAGGUUGAUCAGUUGGUUCACCAUGUCAGUUUUGACGUAAUGAAGUUAAACAAAACAGCGAAUCCAAGUGCUAUGAUGAAGUUGCCUGAAGAAAAGAAUUUUAUGAGAAAGGGACAAGUUGGAGACUGGAAAAAUUAUUUUUCAGGACCUGAGCUGGAAAAAAUUGAUAAUUGGAUCGAAGAAAACAAGAAAAGGACCGGGAUACAGCUUCCAGAAUAGAUAUAUUCUAUUAAAUCUAAAUACAUAGAUGUAUGGAAUAUUCUAUAGAAUGUAAAUAUACUAGAAAUAAGAUUUAA